CCACAGCAGCACAUGUACCUGCUUUUAUCAUUUUACAAGCACAUAUUUGCACCGCAACCUCGAUUAAGCAAUAACUGGUGUUUAUCUGUUUAUUUAACUAUUUAUUUUUAAAUUAAUUCCGUAAUAGAAACUGCAGCUACACAACAAAGAAACGCGGGAUUGUUGACAGGUUAUUAUGGACAUCAUAUUGAUGUUGCUACUUACUGUUUCUUUCUUCUGUCCGGUUCAGUCAGGUGUGGAGACCUGUGAUGUGAGGCAGUAUCAGUGUGGUAAUGGAAAGUGCAUUACGUCGAGAUGGGUCUGUGAUGAAACCGAUGACUGUGGUGACGGCACGGAUGAACUUCCCGCAGCUUGCUUGGAAAAGACCUGCAAACCCUCUGAAUUUAGCUGUGGUGGGCGACUCAACCAGUGCAUCCCUAAGAGCUGGAAAUGUGAUGGCAAAGCUGACUGUGAGAACAGCGCAGAUGAGGAAAGCUGUGAACCUCGGCAGUGUCUAAACGGUGAAUUUCGCUGCGGCAGCGGUCAGUGCGUGUCCAAGGCGUUUGUGUGUGACGAGGAGGCAGACUGUGAUGAUGGUAGUGAUGAAGCAUCCUGUCCACCCACAACCUGUGGAUCCAGCUCAUUUAGGUGUAGCAACGCGCAGUGUGUUCCUCGACUGUGGGUCUGCGAUGGAGACGCCGACUGUCCGGACGGCUCAGACGAAGGGCCGCAGAUCUGCGGUUCAGGGUCAUCGACGGUGCCCAGAAAUCCCUGCCUCUCCAUGGAAUUCCUUUGCGGCAGCGGCGAAUGCAUUCACAGUAACUGGAAAUGCGAUGGUGGAGCGGAUUGUUUGGAUCGAUCGGAUGAAAAAAACUGCUCUUUAGCCACAUGCCAACUGGAUGAGUUUCAAUGCGGUGAUGGAUCUUGCAUCCACGGUAGCCGUCAGUGCAACCAAGUUUACGACUGUAAAGAUUUAAGCGAUGAGCUGGGUUGUGUUAAUGCGACCCAUUGUGAAGCACCCCAAAAGUUUAAGUGCCGCAGUGGUGAAUGUAUCGACAUGGAGAAGGUUUGCAACAAGCAGCGGGACUGUAGGGAUUGGUCGGAUGAGCCGCUACGAGAGUGUGAUUCGAACGAGUGUCUGUAUAGCAAUGGAGGCUGCUCUCAUAUUUGUAAUGACCUAAAGAUCGGUUACGAGUGCCUGUGUCCCACCGGUUUCCGUCUGGUGGGGAAAAAACGAUGUGAAGAUAUCGAUGAAUGUGAAAACCCGGACACCUGCAGCCAAAUCUGCGUCAAUCAGGUGGGCAGUUACAAGUGCGAAUGUGAAGAGGGCUACCAGAUGGAUCCUGCCAGCAAGGCUUGCAAAGCUAUUGGAACCAUUGCAUACCUGUUUUUUACCAAUCGGCACGAGGUGAGAAAGAUGACCCUGGAUCGCAGCGAGUACACGCGAGUCAUUCCCAGACUUAAGAACGCUGUGGCGUUGGACAUGAAUGUCGCUUCUAGAGAGAUCUACUGGUCAGAUUUGUCCCUCAAGAAGAUAUAUAGGGCACAAAUGGAUACCGCAGAUAACAGCUCCCAACACAGCGUCGUAAUUGGCAGUGGCUUAGAUGCCGUUGAAGGUCUUGCUAUCGACUGGAUCCAUGGGACGAUCUACUGGACGGAUAGCAUCCAAGGCGCCAUCUCAGUGGCAACUGUGGAUGGAAACAGACGCAAGACGCUCUUCAAAGAAAACCUGGCCAAGCCUCGUGCUAUUGUAGUUGACCCUAUUAAAAACUUCAUUUUCUGGACUGACUGGGGUACACCAGCCAAGAUUGAAAGAGGUGGCCUUAAUGGAGGAGAUCGUACUGCCCUGGUUACGGAUAAUAUUAUCUGGCCCAAUGGAAUAACCCUUGAUCUGCUGAACCAGCGCCUGUACUGGGUGGACUCCAAACUACACACUCUAUCCAGUAUCAGCGUGCAAGGAGGUGGUCGACGUACUCUAAUCAUAGACCAAGGCAAACUCGCCCAUCCUUUGGGUCUUACUGUUUUUGAGGAGAAAGUAUUCUGGACUGAUGUGAGCAACAAUGCGAUUUUGAGCGCAAAUCGUGUGACGGGAAGCGACAUUAGAAAAGUAGCAGAACAUCUCUCAUCUCCAGAAGAUAUUGUCUUGUACCAUAACCUCAAACAACCUAAAGGAAUAAACUGGUGCAAUGUCAACAACGGAGGCUGUGAGUUCCUGUGUCUGGCUGCACCUCAAAUCAAUCAGUUUUCACCCAAGUAUACAUGUGCCUGCCCAGACCACAUGAUGCUGACCAGAGACAUGAGAAAAUGCAUCCCAGCUGUGGUGACACCAGCAACCCCCAUCAGUCCUGAAAUGUCGACAACUAAUCAUCCUCAAGAACCUUCAAAGACCUCACCGAAACCUUUACUUCCUUCAAAGCCGUCACCAAAACCAUUACUUCCUGUUCCUGUGAUCCCUGACAAAGCCACCCCAUCUACCCCUGGCAAACCCUCCCAAACCACUCCUCAGCCUUCCGUAUCUACCCAGACAGAUGAUCAACACUACAAUGAUGUAAAAGCGGCCACAAAAACAGCAUCUUCCACUUCGGUGGCCCUGUAUAUUUUAUUACCACUCGUCCUCAUCUGUUUGGCUGCGGUUGGUGCUGUACUCUUCUGGAGAAAGUGGCGGCAGAAAAAUACCAACACCAUUCACUUUGACAACCCGGUUUAUCAAAAGACCACCGAGGACCAGGUGCAUUUAUGUAGGAACCGGAGUUCUGAUGGCUAUUUGUACCCACAGCGGCAGUCUGUGAGUCUUGAGGAUGAAGUUGACAGUGAUUUCCAUGCUGACACUACCAGUGUUUCAGGACUGGUAAAGAGCCAUAUUUAAUGUUAUAGCCAUGCUCGGAGGUCAAAACAAUCAUUUGGGGAACACCGGAGAGUCCACUUAAUCUAAUUUGGUGUGCAAGGCGAUCUGUGACCCUGUCUGUGAAAUCCGGACUAAAGUUUAAAAUCUAAUGAUGUCACUAUCAAGGGUAUAUUUUUUUACACAAUGUUCUUUACAUUAUGUAGGAUUACUUUAUAAAGAGAACAUUUAAUCAAUAAAAAUACGUCAGCUGGGUUUUAACAGGCAGGGUCACGUAUUUGAUGCAAAAACAAUCCAGGACUGCCAGUUUACCUCAAACAACAACAACAACCUCAUCUUAGCACUUCCCUAUAUGUAAAUAAUAAAAUAAAAAAUAUGACUAUAUAUACACUUGUUUAUAUAUAGUGAUAUCUUUUAAGAGUACUUAAUGUUAUCAAGGUUUUAUUCUCACGAGGUAUACAAAGAUCAAUGUAAAUACUGUAUUUUAUUGGCGUAAUCAACUUAAAAUUGUUUAGUUAUUAAAUUAAUUUAUUUUAAAAAUGCAAAUAUGGGGAGUAUUUUUAAGCAAAAGUGGAUAUUUUGCACAUAUUUUUUAUAUGAUGCAUUAGUGCAUCAUUAAUCUUAUACAUGAAUAUAAUAUAAUAUAAUUGAUUUUCUUCUAAUUGAAAUAGAUAGUAAGCAAACAGUGACAUUGAUGUCAGUAUUUGUUUAAAUUACUGGCUCACAGGAUAAUGCAAUUUAGAGCUGAUGAUGAUAUUUGUGACCCUGGACCACAAAACUAUAUAACAUAAGUAGCACAGGUAUAUAAGUAGAAAUAGCAAACAAUCAGUGUUGGGGAAAGUUACUUUUAAAAGUAAAGUAUUACAAUAUUAAGUUACUCCUAAAAAAACUAAUUGUGUUACUUUUUAUGGAAAGUAAUACUUUACUAAAGGCUUUUUCAGGUGUUUUUAUGACCUACAUUCUGCAUUCAGAAAUUGCAUAUUUCCAUUGCAAAAAUGUCAAUCUCCAUUUCUGAAUCAAACUGUUGCUGCUCAUACGCACACGCAUAGAGUCCUACGUGACUACGUUUAGUGAAAUUCAGUACAUAAUUUUUUUUUAUUGAAUUAAUUAAACUGAAAAGUAACUUGCAUUACUUUUUAAAAAGUAACUCAAAUAUUAAUGUGCAAAUUUAUAAAGUAAUGUGUUACUUUACUCGUUACUUCAGAAAAGUAAUAUUAUUACAUAAUGCACAUUACUUGUAAUGCGUUACCCCCAACACUGCAAACAAUACAUUGUAUGGGUCAAAAUUAUCAUUUUUUAUGCCAAAAAUCAUUAGGAUAUUAAAGGUGACAUAGAAUGAUUGAACGGGGUAUUUAUCCUUGUUCUGUGAUGUGACAUGUAGACAAAAAAGUUUUUGUUUGGGUCUGUAAUCCCUUGGAAGCUUCCUAAAAACCUCUCUCAGAUAGCUCUUUUAGGGUGGGGGAUUUUAAACAAGUGGUUUUGCACCUAUUUGGCUCCCCCUACUGGCUUAACUUGCAAUCUCAUUACUGAUUGGCUGACUUUGCUGCCACUCAAAAAUGUAGCCAAUUAUUUUAAAGUGGAGGGGCAGUUAGAUGCCUGUGAUGUCAUAAGCAUCAAUUUUUCAGAUUGGGCCGUUUUCUGGCUGACAUUUAUAAAAGAGGAAUUUCUAUGAGACUGAGAUGUUUAGCACUUUUUGUGUGUUUGUGAAUGCGGGUAGACUACCAUUAUUCAACAAAGACAAGGUAAAAAUGGUUUUUCAUUCUCUGUCCCCUUUAAGAUCAUGUUCCAUAAAGAUAUUUUGAAAAUUUCCUACUGUAAAUAUAUCAAAAAUGAAUUUAUCAUUAGUAAUAUGCAUUGCUAGUGACUUCACUUGAACAACUUUAAAGGCGAUUUUCUCAAUAUUUUAAUUUUUUUGUCAUCCUCCGAUUUAAGAUUUUCAAAUCGUUAUAUUACAGCCAAAUCGUAUCUUUGUGUCUCAAUGGAAAGCUUAUUUAUUCAGCUAUCAAAUGAUGUAUAAAUCUCAAUUUCAAUAUAUUUACUUUUAUAACUGGUUUUGUGGUCCAGGGUAUAGUAAAUAAGGUUUCUAGCUAAAAAUCUUUCGUCAUUAAAACAAUUUCAUGUGUGGUCAACAAGCAGAUCAUCAAGUUUUUAUUUUUAUUUUUUGUUUCAAAAUGGUCAGUGUUUGAAUUGAAAGCAAUGGUUUACAAUGGGAUAAAGAAGGACUUUGAAUAUCCACCAAUCAGCAUCUGACUAUUAAAAGCUAUGAAUAUGUUUUUAUUCAUCGCAAUUAUAGUUUUUCAUCUUUAAAGCCGAGUAUUGCUCAUAAUACUUUACCAUGAUUUUACUGUGAUAACACUACAUUUAAUAACUGUGGUAUUCUGGUGGAAAUGUGAAAUAUUCCUAGUGAAUCAUCCGUGUAGGGAUUGAGGGAAUGUACAUUUUUAUAUUACAAGUAUUCAAUACACUGUCAGAAAAAAAUGGUCAAAAUAUGUACCCUAGCUGUAACUGGGCCGGUACUCUUUUUUAAAAAAGUACACUAUUGUACAAGAGUUCAUUAUACAGUACAUAUUGGUACCAAAUGUAUACAUAUCUGCGCCUAAUGGUACAUAUUUUAACCAUUCUCUAUACAAAACAGUGUUGUUGUGGUUUUAAAAAAUGUAGGGAUAUGUUUUUUUUUUAUCAAAACAUAAAUGAAGUUUGUUUGAUGUUGAGUUUGAAGAAGCAUCCAUGGUUUUGAUAAUCACAGAUAAACGAUGAAGAUUACAGAUAAAGUCCAUAUGGACGUGACUGUCACUGGAGUUGUGAUUGUGAUUAUUUUUGUAUUUAUUUGUAUUGAGUUGUUAGGUAAAUAUUAAGAUCAUCCAUCUGUUUAUGUUUCCAAUUGCUACAUUCUCCAUACAAAUGUGUAAAUAUUGUAUUCAUAUGUGUAAAUAUGUUACUUAUUAUCUCCACUUUGUAUUUGUAUCUGCUAUUGUAUAUAAAGAAAUGUUUGUAUUUAUUUUUAAAUCAAAAUCUGUGGUUGAUAAUUGCCUUUCAUUUCUGUGUACUCUGUUGUUUAGUGUAAAUGAUGUAUGUUUUUGUACAUGCUGAUUGACUGGUGUAGUUUAACAAAUUUUUGAUGGAUUUGUAUAGACUGAUGAUUUUUCUGUUAAACCAAUCAACAUUGUUUUUCACCUGAAAUAAACAUUUUGAAUAGUUUAA